AUGACGUAUGCGAAGUUAGGGGCUUUAUUAGCAGACUACGUUCUAAAAAGGGGUCUAGUGGGGGAUCAACAAGGAUAUAAGAAAAGUUUAUGGAAGGAUAUACAGGCACAACUGGAGAAGUUUAUACAACAUUUGGAAGACCAUAACCUAGACAGCUAUGCUGCUAAUUGUUCGAACAAGGGUUACAGGCGUGAGGGGAGGGCAGAAAUAUUUUUGGUAACGAAGGUCGCAGAUAGACUUAUGUGCACACUAAUGACAGGAGCAUUAUAUUUCAUGAAUGGCUGGAGUGCGCCGUCCGGCGGCUCGCACAAUAACGAAGCUCAUAAUGAGGCGUUGAAGGAACAUAUAAGGUGCGCAAUAGUAAAUAUAUUUAUGUACAUAUUACUGGCAUCUCCAUGCAAAAGUGGACUGGGCAUAGAUUAUGCAUGGUACACGAUGAGAAAGAUGGAGCCAGAACUAGGGAGUGGUUUAAUAAACCAAGGUAAAUGUGGCAAGGGAGUGUUUACAGAUAUAACAAUCGAGGACUUCCACAUGGGAGACAAGAUUACGAAAUGGUUAAAGAACAACAAGACGUUGAGUGACAAAAUUGGCGGGCCCGAAAUAAAAAGCACAUGUAGCAAGAGAUUAGCAGACCUUGUGGGGAACAAGCAGGAUGCAAAUGACAUGGAUGACAAAAUACAACUGCAGCAAGAGGAGAAGGAAGCUAUACGUGAGUUACGCCAAGAACUGAAGGUCAUAGUGGAGGAGGUAAAGAAAGAAGUUACGCAAUGCGCGAACGAACCUGGACCAUGCAUGGAGCCUAUCCACGACGUAUCCAGCAAGGAUCCUGAGAAUGACCACAGUAAGGCAACAGUAUCGAACUCUGUCGCCGGCGGCACACCAGCACCAAACGUAGCGGCAGGUAAACCACGUGCAGGACCCGAACUCGCGCAUACCGGAGGAGGGUCCACAACGACCACACGACCCGCAUCGCAACCGCCAGCACCGGCAUCCCCAGUAGUACCCGCAUCACCACCGGCACCACCUCCACCAGCACCACCAACUCCAGCAACUGCACCACCGGCAGGAGAAGACGGGAAAAAAGGAGCAAAGGGUGAAGCAGGUCCAACCGGACCACAGGAGGCUCCCGCAUCAGGGGCAGCUGCUGGACCAGCUCCAGAUAGUAAAGAACCACGACAACCGGGAUCGUCCGCGGUUGGAGACUAUAAGACCAUAUGUGAAAACACGGACUCAGGUCCACAGAGCACUACUGUAAUAUCCUCCGGUGAUUCAAGUGUUCGUAUUACGCCUGUUACUUACACUUCUGGGGCGGAACCACCGUGUAAAUUCCUGAAGGAACUCGCAGAACAGGCGGAAAGACCAAGGUCCACCCCGAAAACUGUGGACAACACAAAAAAUGCUACACGAGACCGUGCUCCCAGCGGGGAAACUAAUGUACAAGGUAACGAUUCUACUGAGAAAUCUCCUAGACCCGCAGUAGCAGCACCAGCAGCGGCAGCACCGAAGGCAGAACCAACGCAAGAACCGUCACCACCAGCAGAAGAGAAGAAAAAGGACGAUGUAGGACCUGACGAUAAGAGCAAAGUCACGGGCAAUUAUGAGGCCAAGGACUCCGCAGCCCAUGAACCUGUGAAGGACGAAGUCCAAGCAACUUCUCAGGGUACUGGCCAGGACAAUAGCGCCCCCGGUUCCUCGGUGAACAGCAGUGCGGAUGACCCCCCUCCUCUGAAUCCACCCAAACCAAAACCAAACCCAAACCCAGAUCCAUCGGGUACAACCGGUAGCGGCCCCGGCGGCGGCAGCAGUACAGAGGAUUCAUCUAGUCCCGGUUCCACUGGUCACCAACCCCCUGGUUCCUCCGGUCCUGGCUCCACUGGCCACCAAAACCCUGGUUCCUCAGGUCCAGGUUCUACUGCUACUGGCUCUACGGGGACUCUGCAACCGGGUACCACAGGAGCUGGCUCCACAGGUGUCCAAAACCCCGGUUCCUCAGGACCGGGCAGUCAGGACACAGGUCAGGGCGCUCCCUCUGCAUCCACCUCCCCGGACGGUAAUGAUAAGACACAUAAAACUGCUGAUGAUCGCUUUGGACUUGACCUAAAUAAUCCUGGCUCUGCUGUACUUGGUAAAGUCGGAGGUGCAUUUGUCGAAGGUAUACCCCCACUAGUUUACCACGAUACAAAGGGUAAGGGGCCCGAUAAGAACCCCGACAAUACUGUCCCCCCCAUCUUCACUGCACAGGACAUCUUCCUUUCUUCUCCUAUGCUUACCUUCUUUGCAUCGGUCACUUCCCUUAUCCUGCUCUUUUUUCUUGGCAAGGCGAGUACGUUGGGCACAUCCUCGGGUAAUGGCACAAGCCCAUAUGACGCUACGGAUGCAAGUACAGUUGGAGCGACCACCGUAUCGUUGAGUGAUGGAACGGAUGUAGGGACACGGGGUCAACGUAAUUUUUACGGUGGUCAUUCUACGGGUAGUCCCGUCAAGAACACGGUGUUCGAUGACAUGCGAAGAAAAUGUAAACCCAAGGUGCACGUCAAGAAUCCAGGACCUGUAAAGAAGAGGCCACAGGUUGGAACAGCGAAGAACAAGCUGAAGGAAUGUUGUCAGAAAUUGAAACGUUGUAAAAUGGGAAGAAAGGCAUGGUUGGCGCUUAUAUUAGUACUCUCAGUUAUUUACCCAUUACUUCUGUCCGAUGUAGGACGAACCAUGGUCACUGCGCUCUAUGCGGGAUUACCAUUCAGUUUUGUGCAGUUCAUGGUCUUCUAUGGAGGUUCCAUAUUGAUUGCAAUUAUCUAUGCCUGCGUGUUACUAUGUUUCUGUUGCUCGAAGAAGGGAAAAUGUAUACUAAAGAAUAUUUGCAAGGACGACGCUGCCACAGAAACGGAAAAAAAAGAAGGAGAAGUAAAUAAGAAAACGGAAGCAACAAAGAAACCGGAAGCAACAAAGAAACCGGAAGCACCUAACAAACCGGAAGCAACAAAGAAACCGGAAGCACCGGGGAAGCUGAAACUACCGUGGUCACUGAAAUUACCUAAAAAACCAUAA